AUCUCUCGAGGCACAGCAGCCCACUCCGGGAUUCUAUUCUCUCCAGUCAGUCUUCAUUACUCAGGUACAACUUGAACUAACUCUUCUUUAUGACUUGAUCCUAAUCAAGUCUCUCUGUCCCUCUCUCCCUUCCUCUCUGCCUAAGGGCUGGGUUUUCUAUAAAGAUACCACAUGUACUACUAUGGUUAUGAUUUGUGAAAUAUUCUGGGAAUGGGCACUGCUUAUGUAGCAGCGGACAUCUGAGAGAUCAGCGUCAAAGCCUCUGCUCCAGAUCUAACGAAUACGCUCCUGGUUUGGGUUUGGGUUAGCAACUGUUUCUUCUGGACCCAAAGGAAGGCUCUUUCACACACUCACUCAUUCAUUCAAAGGCUGUUUCUCUGCAUGCCUGCCAUGUUGCAGGCGCUAAGGGAAAUUCACAUAAGAAGGCGGCCCUCGUGGGGACUGGCCUGGCAAGAAGUUACUCAUCUUCUCCUCUUUACCCAGGUUUCUGAAAUGGCCAUGGCAGCAGUACCUGAACUCACCAGUGAAAUGAUGGCUUACUACAGUGAUGAGAAUGACCUGUUCUUUGAGGCUGAUGGCCCCGAAAAGAUGAAGGGCUGCCUCCAAAACCUGAGCCACAGUUUUCUGGGAGAUGAGGGCAUCCAGUUGCAAAUCUCCCACCAGCCCGACGACAAGAGUCUUAGGCAUGCCGUGUCGGUCAUUGUGGCUAUGGAGAAACUGAAGAAGAUAUCUUUUCCCUGCUCACGGCCCCUCCAGGGUGAGGACCUGAAGAGCCUCUUUUGCUGCAUCUUUGAAGAAGAACCCAUCAUCUGUGACACGUGGGAUGACGGUUUUGUGUGUGAUGCGGCCAUACAGUCACAGGACUACACGUUCCGAGACAUAAGCCAAAAGAGCCUGGUGCUGUCUGGCUCAUACGAGCUUCGGGCUCUCCACCUCAAUGGACAGAAUAUGAACCAACAAGUGGUGUUCCGCAUGAGCUUUGUGCAUGGGGAGGAAAACAGUAAGAAGAUACCAGUAGUGUUGUGCAUCAAGAAAAAUAAUCUGUACCUGUCCUGUGUGAUGAAAGACGGGAAACCCACCCUACAGCUGGAGAUGUUAGACCCCAAAGUUUACCCAAAGAAGAAGAUGGAAAAGCGAUUUGUCUUCAACAAGACAGAAAUCAAGGGCAAUGUGGAAUUUGAGUCUUCCCAGUUCCCCAACUGGUACAUCAGCACCUCUCAAGCAGAAGAAAUGCCUGUCUUCCUAGGAAAUACCAAAGGUGGUCAGGAUAUAACUGACUUCAUCAUGGAAAGCGCUUCCUAAAGAGACCUGUACCCUCAAAAGAGCCCAAAUGUGCUGAAAAACCCCUGCUGGCUGGUGGAAGGGGAAUAGAAGGGCUUAAACACGGCCUCAGGCUGAACUUCACUAUUAUCUAAUCAAUGCACAGCUGCCUUCCUUAAAUCACUGCUAAGAAGAUCUGUCCGCCAGCCAGGAGGAAUAACCCCUUCUUCCCAGGGCCAAUCCUCAGGUCCCCUCUACUGAGCCAGGUCACCUUUAUCUCUUCUACUCACUCAAAGCCACCCUGGCAGAAACCAUUACACUUUAGGUUCAAAGAAACCCUCUGUCCUUUGUGCCCAGCCUCUGAUGAACAACCUCUUAACUAUUUAUUUAUUUAUUUAUUGGUGGGUUAGUCUAUUUAACUUAAGUCAAGAGGGCCAAGAAGCAUCAAUGUCUGUGAAAAGAGCUGAGCCUUCAAUAUCUAUGAAAUUAAUUUAAUUUGCACUAGUG